UCCUAAAAGAUUUUAAUCAGUUUGCCUUGAGCCAAACAUCAACGUGACAGAAAUUCAAACUUCCAAAAUGGGUAAAGAUAUUUCAUCCCUCAUUAAAGAUUUCAACUUCCUUUUCAAGUUAAUUGCAUUCAUUUUGUGUUUGCUGUGUGUUAUAAUGUGGAGUGCCAACUUGGUUAGUUACUCCUCAUCCUCAUACGGCAACAUUGUCACAGUUCAUCAUUCUAAAGUACUAUCAGGUAGUAACUACGACCUUAUAGUAGUUGCCACAGCCGUUUACGUCUUAAUCCUGGGGGUGUUCAUCAUAAUCUACCUCAUAGACAACAGUAAAAAACUCUUCGAACUGUUGUUCCUUGGCUGUGGAUGCGUUUUGAAUAUUGUAGGUGGGAUAAUCGAACUAGUUUACGACAUCGACAACUCCGGGAAUUUUGCCGCUUUCAUAUUAUGCAUUGGGAUGAUUGCUGCUGGUGUUAUAAUGGCUAUUGACUUUUUCAUCGCCUUUAAAAAAUAAAGUUUUUGAAAUUUUGUGCUCAUUUUAUUUGAAUCCAGUAAGCUCCCCCUCCUGUCAGAUUAAAAAUCAAACAAACAUGAAAGAAGAGUUUAAAAAACCUGCAUUUUAUUUCAAACUCAUCGUAGCGAUUUUGUGUCUGGUCGCUGUGAUAUUAUGGUCUGCGGAAACCGAAACUUAUGGCGAGUCCGGUGUGGCGACACACUGGAGACACCACCACGAACUGAUAGUGGUCACAACGGCUGGAUACCUGAUAAUAAUGCUAGUUUUCCUAAUAGUCUACCUAUUUGAUUCAACUGAACACAUGUUCGAAUUACUGUUCCUGUUUAUUGGAUUCGUUCUGUGCUUGGCUUCGGCAAUUUACCAAUUCAUUGUGGGAAUAAAACACGAGGGAAAUUUCGCCGUGUUUCUCCUCGCUGCUUGUGUUACUGCAAACGCCAUUAUCAUGGGUUUUGACUUUUUCCGCGAAAUGAAAUAAUUUUCAAACUCCCGAAAAGUUCGUUUCUGUAAUAAUAAACAAUGCGUCACCUAUCACACGAGUCAUUACGUGGGAGUUGACUACCAAUUAAAUGUCCCAAGGGUUAAUGUCGAUUAAAUUAUUACUAAAGUAGUUGUCUCAUUCAUUGUCUACAGUCUUUGGAAGAAACUCGCGCGUUACGCACACAAAAUUUAACUCGAGUUUCGCUCACUUGGAGCAAAAGUGGAUAAUCGCGAAUCGGUCUACGACGUGCCGAAAAAAAUCACAAUGUCGGCCGAAGUGGAAAAUAAUAAAGAGGAGGAAACGAAAGAGCAGCAAAACUUUAAGCAAAAAGCCCAAAAGCACUGGCAGAUUGGGACCAAAAUACUGGAGCUGCUGCUUUGCAUAAUUUGUAUCGGCACCGUUUUCGACGCGCUCAAGACCAUGGGCAUUGGCAACAGCGACCUGCACCACAUAGGCAUCAUGUACACGGCAUACACCGGCUACAUCCUCAUCACCCUAACACUCCUCACUAGCUAUUACCUCGAAGCCACAAUUCCGUACAAAACCUCUGCUCUUUUCUCCGUCUGUGGCGCCGGUCUUUUCCUUACCACCGGUGUUUUGCUGAUAGUUGACCGAUCGGCGUACAUGAGACGCUACGGUUCCCCUAUCAGUUCCCAACUAACAAUGAUUGUAGUCUCUGUGAUUUUCGCUUUUGUCAAUGCUAUAGUGUUUGCAGUCGAUGCAGUUCUCACAGUUCGCCGUCAGGAAGAUUUCUAACUAGUUAAUCUGCGUGGUGUGUUUGGGGUUUAUAUUCGAGCCGGCUAAUGAGAUCCAUCUGGGAGGGAAUUACAUGCACCAUACUGGGGUCAUGUACACCGCCUAUACCGGAUAUAUGUUGAUAAAUGUCGUGUUGUUGGCUGG